AUGAGCUCGUCAUGCCAGCUUAAUCAUCCCUCGUCUACAUCCUCAUCCUCCUCAUCAUUUAAUACCUCAUGUACUUAUCGCUUCAUAUCAAGCUCGCUUACCAAACAUCUUCCUCCCGAGAGGGAUUAUAACCUUAACUUACGACAACAGCCACGGCUGACUAAAGUGUGCUCACCCAAUGAACGAGACCGCAGACAACCAAUUGACCCACCGCCGAUUUUAAAACUUGAGUGGGUGCACUGUGCCCAAAAUAUAACGAGGGACUAUCUUUUACAAAGCCCAUUUUAUUAUGUCAUGGCAAAUUUGGUCGCUGCUGAUGAUCCUACGUGUACUUUGCUCCCUUCUCAGGAAUACCUUGUGGGAACCACGGUAUCUUCAUUGUAUCGACUCCGGGAUAUUGACAAUAGAGAUGCUGGAUUUUUCAUAUUUGGUGAUCUUGCCGUUCUCAAAGAGGGUCAAUUCCGGUUACAUUUUUCUCUUUUUGAAAUGACCGGGGACGAGGUGCGCAAUUGCAAAACAAUCAUGACAGAGCCCUUCAUUGUGUAUCCAUCCAAACGAUUUCCCGGAUUUGAUGAAUCUACUUUUUUAACACGCUCCUUCUCUGACCAAGGCGUCAGGUUAAGGAUUCGAAAACAACAUCGCAUCAAUCAUCAUACGCAACAGCAGCAAGCAAAGAAACGGAAACUCCAAGUCAUUCAAGUGGUACCACCUUCAUCAUUACAACAUUCGCCGUAUCAUCGCAACAACAACCCUCACACAAAAACUACUACUACUACUACUACUACAACAACAACACCCAAAAUGAUGGAACCAACAACAGCUGCAAGCUUCAUGGCUUCACCACCACCAGAAGAUGAUGAUAUCUGCAUUCAAUUACCUCCACUUCAUACCAUCCUCAAGGAUGCUCAUGUCAAUAACUAUCAUGAACUUACACUUCCACCUUUGCUUUGUAAUGUUCAGCACCAAUAG